AUGAUUUUUUGUGGCAAGAUUGCUAACUUGCUAAGUGAAAAAUUUUAUAUUCAUAUUAAUCCUAUCUAUCUAUCUAUCUAUCUAUCUAUCUAUCUAUCUAUCUAUCUUUUUCAUUCUUUCACUUUUUCCCAUCUCCUUUUUCUUCUCCUCCUAUUUUCUGCCACCUUUCAUUUCAGCCCUCUUUUCUCUGCUUCUUUUAGAUCCUACCUCCUCUCCUUCUUUCCCUUCAGCCUCCCAGCCUCCAUUUACUUCAGCCCCUACCUGCUUUCACUUCAGCCUCCACCUCCUCUCAUUUCAGCCCUCACUUCCUCUGCCUUCUUUUGCUUAACCCCCUCUUUCUUUCACUUUUCCACUUUAGCCUCCCCCACUCUCUUCCUUUUUUUCCUUUCCACUGAAGACUUUCACAUACAGCUCUUUAAUUCAAAUCAGAAUAACUGUGAUCCAAAUAUCAAAGACAAUGCUGGUCAGACGGCUGCGGAUGUAGCUGACCGCUGUUGUCAAAUUGAGUGUGCUAAAGCAAUAAGAGAAUAUCCUUAUAAACCGGUUUCUAAUGAGAAUAACCACCACAACAACAACAAUGUGACUCCAGUUUCUAAUUUGAACAGGUGUCUACAACAAUGCAACAGCUCACCUUACAAACGACAUUCUUACCCAGAACCUUUGAAGCAGUCACACAUCCCACCGCCGCCUCCACCACCAGCUGUGAGCACCUACUGGAAGAGUUCCAUUGACCCACCCCCAAGUCACCGUCACUCAACGUGCGUAAGUUUCAACUCAUCUUCCAACUCACCCUCGUCCCACCACACUGCUGAAUCUUCAUCUGCUUCAAUCAGCUCGGGAACCAGCCUACCUGUUAACUCAGUAACAUUACCUGCAUCUGCUGUGCGCAUCUUACCCUCUCAGACCCCACCCAGUGCUCUCUCUUCAUCAACACCUCCAUCACCGCCGGUCACCCUUAACUUCCAACCACCACCUCAAGUGGAUAGUUUCCCAACCCCUAGUACUAAGAGCACCUCCAGUAGCAUCUCUUCACCUGGGAACUCUAGCAUCUUGAAUGUUGCAGAGGACCAAGGGCAGGACCGUGAACUUUCUACUUUUUCUCCAGGUAAGAAAAAGAAAAUACCCCAGUUGACAGCCACAUCUCCUGACAGUCGCAGCCGUCCAGUUGAGGGUUCUGAAGACUUCUAUUCUUGUUCCAGCCAGGGAGAUAGCAGCAUCCGUUCAUCAAUUGAGAAAAUACAGAUCAAUCGAAAAUUCACAAAGAAAAUGGACCCAGUACAGAUCAGCAAGAUCAACAACAACUACACAACUUCUAUCCAAGUCGGUUCCAAGAAACUGUCGGAGGCCAAUGCUGAGAAGUCCCCACCACUCCCACCCACUGUUAACACAGACUCGGAGGUUGCUGCUGUGGCUGCUGGAAUGACCAAGUGUCUCGGCCAUGAGACAGGCAUAAGAGCCUCUCCAUCACCACCUCCACUGCCUCCUCCGCCACCUCCCCCACCCCCACAAUUGCUCAUCGAUGAACUUCAAAACAGUUUCUCAUCAUCGCAGGACACAGACAGCCUGUCCAUGCAAAGUGACCCAGAUGACCUUCCUCUACCACCACCACCUCCACCGCCUCCACCACCCCCACCGCCAAUCUUUCCACGAACUGUGCCCUCAUCUUCACCAAUGUCUGCAGCCUGCGAUGUUAAUAGGACUGCACCUUUAUUGUCCAAAUCAAGCUCCAAGAAUUCUCUUGGCUGUACUGUUAAUGAGAGCAAAAUGAAUUUGAGUAUGCCAAACAAUACAAACAGCCCCAUUCGGUCACCAACUGCAACCACCUCAACAAACAAUAAUAAUGAGCUCAUAGCCGAAAUUGCUGCCAAGGGCAAGUCUACCCUGAAGAAAACUUCACCUCGUCCUUCUGGGUCAGUAAUGAUGUUUACAGAAAAGGGAAUGGUUCCUAUGACUCCAGCCUCCCCACCAACUGCUACUGUUGCAGCCCCAGCUGCUACAAAUGAAAACAACACAACACCAAUACCCAGCACGACUCCCUCAGCCAUGGUGGCUACCAAUGAACAAACAUCUAAAUCUACAGUGGUACCAGCAGCACAGCAACCCCCCAGAUUAAAGGAUCGAGCAGACCGUCUAGUGUUAGAGGGAGAAUUUGAUCCCAAGAAUUUCUUGGACCAAGUCCCUGAUAAAGACUCAGGUGGACGAGAUAUUCCACCCUGGAAGAGACAUGUCUUGGCACGCCAGCUGGCAGAGAAAGCCAAGAAUGAUGAUGAUGAAAGGAAAAAGCAGGCAGAAGAAGAAAAACGUUAUAAGAAUGUCCCUGCAUGGAAACGAGCACUUAUGGAAAAGAAAUCAGCAGAAAUCAAAGCUGCUCAGGCACCCAAAAAAGAAGCAAAGAAUGCACCACCUGUUGCACCUAAAGCAGUUGCUUCUCGUGUGGUAGUUAAUGGUGAAGGCAACAUGAAACCCCCUUGGCAAAAUGAUCUCAAGAGCAAAUAA